AUGGCCUCCUGUGGCGGCGGCGGCGGCGGCGGCGGCUGCGGGGCCAACUGCUCCUCCUCAGCCGCCGAUGAUGCUCCGGAGGAGAGGCUGGGCCGUCUCUCCAUCGCCACCGGCGCCGCCGCCACCUGCGGCAAGUGCGGCGUCGGCGCCGUCGUCGUGGUUGCCGGAGGCGUCGGCCUGUGCGGCGAGUGCUUGCGCGCCCACCUGUUCGGGAAGUUCAAGCUCGCUGUCACGAGCAACGCCAUGGUGCGGCCCACCGACUCCGUCCUCCUCGCCUUCUCCGGCGGCCCCGCCUCCAGGGUGGCUCUGCAAUUCAUACACGACAUGCGGUCCAAGGCGGUCGAGAGCUGGGACGCGAGCAACUCGCAGGCCCUGCCGGUCUUCGACGUCGGGGUGGCGUUCGUCGACGAGAGCGCUUUGCUGUCGAAGCCGAGAUGUGACGUCGAGCUGGCGAUUGCAGAUAUCAAGUCAAUCGUCUCGAGUGUAUCGCCGAGCGAUAAAGCGAUGCACAUUGCACCUCUGGAGGACGUGUUCUCCUCGGAAUCAAACGGCCGUGAAGGAAGGCUGAGGGAGCUAGUCGGCAUGAUCAAUGAUGACACUGGGAGGGAGGACCUUCUUCAGUGCCUGCGCAUGCUUUCGUUGCAGAAGAUUGCGCUGCAGAACGGGUACACCAAGAUCAUGCUGGGAUCAUGUGCCUCUGCAAUAGCAUGCCAUGUACUAUCCGCAACAGUGAAGGGGCAAGGCUAUUCCUUACCAGCUGAUGUCCAGUACGUUGAUACACGGUGGGAAGUGCCUGUUGUGCUUCCACUCCGUGAUUGCCUGGCCCAAGAGCUUAGCCUACUCUGUGAACUCGAUAGUUUGAAGACACAGCAACUUCUCGAUAGGCCUUGCAGUGGCAUCAAUGGCUUGGUUGCAUCUUUUGUUGCACGACUACGGGAGGAGAAUCCUUCUCGAGAGCAUACCGUUGUAAGAACUGCACAAAAGCUUAAGCCAUUCUCAUUUAACAAGUUCUCCGCAAAUGGCUAUCACGACUUCCUGCCAUCACGGCUGCGUCCCAAAUUCCAGAAUGUUGAUAGCGAUGAGUCUACUCUCUCUGAGGUUCUGUGCCUGAUAUGUCGAAGUCCAUUCAGUGAAUCAGAACUGCAAAAUUUGGAAAGCACAAAGCACAAGGCUCAGAAGAAAAUUGAUCUUUAUACUGCUUAUUGUUGUCAAAGCUGUCAUUUCCAGAUUCUACCAGGAGGUGCAAACAUGUAUGACCAGUUCUUUUCACUACUACCGAAGUUCUGGACUGAGAGAGUAGAUACUGCAACUGCCAGCCAAAGCUCGCUAAGAGAUCAAAUUGAAGACUAUCUGCUUGAAGACAACGAUGACGAAAACUGAAUUUGUUCAUUGCGUGAAUCCUGAAUUUACUUGCCAGAAGACAGUAGAGAUUCCUUCUUAGUUGGGCCUCACAAAUCAUGGCAUAAGCCAAACUUGCCUG